UUCAUUACAAUGUCAUGCAGAUCGGAUUUCAUCGUCAUCAUCAUAACUCUGAUUGUCAUUAACGGUCAACCUCCCCAGGACAGUAAAUUCUGCUUCCAAGGAAUCACGAGGAAGCCAGCAGAUUGCUGUCCUCUACCUCCGUUAAUACAGAAGGAUAUUGUGGACGAAUGCCGAGAAAAACAUCCGACCAAAUUUGCGCCGGGAUCGAAGCGAACGGAAGGAUCGUGCAUUGCCGAGUGUGUUCUCCGGAAGAUCAACGCAUUCGAUGCAGGCAGUAACACCCUAGAUAAGGAGAAAAUCGGAAAGGCAAUACUGGAAACAGCCGGCAACGACGAGGACUUCAUGCCAAUGUUGAACAAAAUAGUUGACAUUUGCAUUCUGAGUGUCUCCCAAAAUCCCAUCUUUUUAACGCAUCCAAAUUCGUCAGUUCCGGGGCGCGCCGGAUGUAGCUUCGUGCCCCAAGCACUGAUAAACUGCAUAAAAACGGAAAUGUUCACGAAUUGUCCUUCCAGCCGCUGGUUUGAUGCGUCAGAAUGUGGUCAGUUAAAACAAAAACUACUGGCGGGAUGUUCGUUUGCAUCGGUUAUUGGAUGAAAGUUUCAAUGAAUGUUUCGGGAGGAAUUACCAAAAUAAAAAAAUUGGAAGCAAUGCUAUCGGUUUUAGAAUA